GCCCGCCCCGCGCAGCCCAUGUGCUCGGCGCGGCUGUGGGCUGCUGCCGCCGCCGCCUCCCGCGCGCCCUGAGCCUCGCCGGCGAGCGGCGGCCAAGAUGUCGAGCGCGGCGCCGCACGACCCCUUCUAUUCUUCGCCCUUCGGCCCCUUCUACCGGAGGCACACGCCGUACAUGGUGCAGCCCGAGUACCGGAUCUAUGAGAUGAACAAGAGGCUGCAGACUCGCACCGAGGACAGUGACAACCUCUGGUGGGAUGCCUUUGCAACGGAGUUUUUUGAAGAUGAUGCAACCUUAACUCUUUCAUUUUGUUUGGAAGACGGACCAAAGCGAUACACCAUUGGAAGGACCCUCAUCCCUCGUUAUUUUAGCACUGUCUUUGAAGGAGGUGUGACAGACCUGUAUUACAUCCUAAAGCACUCAAAAGAAUCAUACCACAACUCCUCCAUCACAGUGGACUGUGAUCAAUGCACCAUGGUCACUCAACAUGGAAAACCAAUGUUUACAAAGGUGUGCACAGAAGGACGUCUUAUCUUGGAAUUUACAUUUGAUGACCUUAUGAGAAUAAAAACCUGGCACUUUACAAUUAGACAAUACAGAGAGUUAGUCCCUCGCAGUAUUUUAGCCAUGCAUGCACAAGACCCUCAGGUGCUGGAACAGCUGUCCAAAAACAUCACCCGCAUGGGUCUCACUAACUUCACCCUCAACUACCUCAGGUUGUGUGUAAUAUUGGAGCCAAUGCAAGAAUUGAUGUCAAGGCAUAAAACCUAUAAUUUAAGCCCUCGAGAUUGCCUGAAAACAUGCUUGUUUCAGAAAUGGCAGAGGAUGGUGGCACCUCCAGCAGAACCUACAAGGCAGCCAGCAACCAAACGGAGGAAAAGGAAAAACUCCACCAGCAGCACGUCCAAUAGCAGCGCCGGGAACAACGCCAACAGCACCAACAGCAAGAAAAAGGCGGCGGCAGCUGCAAACCUGAGUCUUUCAAGUCAGGUACCUGAUGUGAUGGUAGUCGGGGAGCCAACGUUAAUGGGGGGAGAAUUUGGCGACGAAGACGAGCGACUCAUCACAAGGCUAGAGAACACGCAGUAUGAUGCGGCAAAUGGCAUGGACGAUGACGAAGAUUUCAACAAUUCGCCUGCGCUGGGGAACAACAGCCCGUGGAACAGUAAACCUCCUGCAAACCAAGAAACCAAGCCUGAGAACCCAACACCUCAGGCAUCUCAAUAAGUUGCCUGAAGCAAGUCACCAUUACUAUAUCGCAGCAUCCUUUAUGACGACAAUAACUCCCAGUUUUCAACAGACGUAGAACCUAUUUCUAAAUGUGUACAGCUCUCUCUCUCUUUUUUUAAGUUAGGAAAAUAAUUUAUAAGCUUCCAGAUAGGAACCUUGGAAGCUCUUGCACAUGACAUGAUACUGACACUGACCUCAGUGAAAAGAACUGAAUAUGUAAGUAGCACCUCAUGAACAUUGAUUAAUACUCACAUUUCAGUGGAAGAUUCUUCCCUACUAUGACUCCCCUCCUUUAUCCUUUAAAGGCCAUAUCUAACAGAAGACCAUUAGUGCUCAGGAUCUAUUGGCCGUUUUAAAAACAUGGUGAACAAAAUACAUCCUCUUUUCCAACUUGCUCCUGAGGAGGUGUGUGUGUGUGUGUGUGUGUGUGUGUGUGUGUGUGUACCUUGGAUCUCAAAUGCCUUGGCUCUCAAACAAAUCAGCUCCCAAACAAUCGAAACCAGGAAAUGAGUGUUCCGGUUUUCAAACGAUUUUUGGAAGCCAAAUGUCCGGUGCAGGUUCCCACGGCUUCCGAUUGGCUGCAGGACACUCCUGCAGCCAAUCAGAAGUUGCACCUUGGUUAUUGAAUGGUUCCGGGAGUCGAAUGUACCUCCCGGAACGCAUUCUGUUUGAGAACCAAAGUGUGUGUGUGUGUGUGUGUGUGUGUGUGUGUACACACACGUGCAGUUUCCUUCCCAGGUUAGCCAUUUUAAAGGGAGGAAACAAGAUAGGAUGGAAUUUCGUUAAGCAGAAAAGCUGUGCCCUAAUAGGUUUUGUGUUUAAGACCAUGAGAACAGUGUCCAUGAGAACAGUGAUUCUGCCUCUUAAAAAUACGUCCCAUAAAAUGUACAAAUAUGAGCUUCCUGCAGUAUCAGUGUUACAAAUCCAAUCGCCCACACAUUGCUUGUUACAAAGUACAAUUCGUGAAAUUAAAAAUUAUAAGGCCAGCAAUAUUGACUGAUCGGAAGGAAAUUUAAUCUGAUCCAGACUUGGUUCUGAUCCAAAGAAAAUUGAAAUCCCACGGAGGAGCUGUUCGGCAAACAGCAUCCUUUAGACAAAGAUAAUGGGUGAGAUUUUAGAUUUCUGUUGUGGGCUACAUGCAUGAAAAUCUGGCUGACGGAUGGUGAAGAGGAGGCAGCUAGGGAUAUAAUGGAGUAUUGCUCUUACCCAGAUUAGGGCCUGUGGUGCUUUAGUGGUCCCUGAAGAAUUAACUUCUUAAUUGUUUCCUGGCACAAAUUGAGGCUCUCUCUGCCCUUGUUUCUUCCCCUCGUUGGUGCUGCCCUUUUUUAUCCUAGCAAUUUUAAAAGCCCUCUGCUUUACGUUUGCAAGUGAUUACAAAAGCACCAAGACAGCUAAAAAUGUAGUUUUGUUUCAUCAAAGACCGGGCCGGGGGGGGGGGGGGCAAUUGUGUGGAGAAAGACACCCAUUCUAUAUGAGAGUUUAUGCUUUGUAAAAUUGCUGUGGAACUGAAUUUUGAAAGCCAUGUAAUCCAUUAAUUUUGUGAGCAGUUUAAACAAAGACUAUUUUUUGUGUUUUUAUUAUAUCUUAAGUUUAUUUUGUUGUUCUUUCAUGCGAUAUUUCUUGUAUAAUACUUUUGUAAAGCCCUCCAAACUAAUUUUUGAUUCCAGUAUAUUUAUGUAAAACUUUAUAAAAUAAACUAAUUUUUUUUCAUUUACAUAUUAAUAUGUUCAAUUCAUCAUGUAAAAAAAAAAAUACAGCGAGUCAGUGUGUUAUACGAUACAACUGUAUUUUAUGUAUGCUUUGCCAAUAUGUGUGCCAAUAAACUGUGUUAACAGAA